AUGUUGAUACCAUUAACAAAACAAUUGACAAAUUUGGCAGGAAAUUUAUGGAACAAGUCGCUGACUGGUAAUAGAGCUGAACGUAUAGAAUAUUUAUUGUUGCAUAAUUUCUAUCAGAAAAAGUAUAUUUUACCAGAUAAACAAUCAAGACGUGAUAGUUUGGCAGCAUCAAACAAACGUGCCAAGGCAGCUUUUAGUGGUGGUUUGGUUUUAGAACCAAAAAGAGCCUAUUAUGAUAAAUAUGUUGUAUUGUUGGAUUUUAAUUCACUUUAUCCAUCUAUUAUUCAAGAGUAUAAUGUUUGCUUUACAACUAUUCCUCGUAUUAAAAAGGAUCUUGGUGAUCAAUCAAAAUUUGCUGGUGUUGAUGAAGUUGAUAAACCUGCAACAAGUACUCGAUCACUCGGUAGUAAAGGAUGGGAAUUGGCUGUACCACCAAGUAAUACAGUUGCAAAAGGUAUUUUACCACAGGUAUUAAAUUAUCUUGUCAAUCGUAGAAAGGAUGUUAGAAAAAAGAUGGAAGUUGAAAAGGACGCAACCAUCAAGCAACAACUUGAUAUCAAACAACAAGCAAUCAAAUUGGUAGCCAAUUCAAUGUAUGGAUGUCUUGGUUUUACUAGUUCUCGUUUUUAUGCUCUCCCAUUGGCAGAAUUGGUUACUCGCAAGGGUAGAGAGAAUUUGGAAAAAUCGGCAGAUAUUACUGAAAGAAUGAAUCAUAGUGUUAUCUAUGGUGAUACAGAUUCUAUUAUGGUUUAUACUGGUGUAUCUACUUAUAAUGAAGCUCAAGAUAUUGGUCGUCAAAUUAAAACAAAAAUUAAUAAUCAAUUUAAAAAUUCUGUAAUGGAAAUUGGUUUGGAUGGUGUCUUUAAAAGAUUAUUAUUAUUGAAAAAGAAGAAAUAUGCUGCUCUGAUUGAAACAAAAUUAUCAGACAAUACAUUCAAAACUGUUAUUCAAAAUAAGGGUUUGGAUAUUGUUCGUCGUGAUUGGUGUGAUCUAACAAAAACUAUUGGUAACAAAAUAUUGGAAAUGUUAUUAUCUGGAGAAGAAAAAGAAAGUAGUAAAUUAUUGGAAGAAAUUAAAUCUUUUUUGGAACAAAUUAGAAAAGAUAUAAAUGAAGGUCUUGUUUCAAUUGAUCAAUUUAUUAUUACAAAGACAUUAUCUGCAAAUCCAGAAGCUUACAAUGAUGGUGAACAUCCUCCACAUGUAAAUGUUGCUUUGGAAAUGAAAAGAAAAGGUUUAAUUGCUCAACAAGGUGAUGCAAUCCCAUAUGUUAUUACUCUUGGAAAUGGUAAUAAUAAUAGUAAUUUGGAAUCUUGGUCAAAACGUGCACUUCAUCCAUCAGAUAUAACAUCAUUUGAACAAAUUGAUUUGGAUUGGUAUCUUGCUCAACAAAUUCUACCACCAACCUAUCGUAUCACUGAACUUUUGGGUAUUGAAGAACAAAAAUUGGCUAGUUGGUUGGGUAUGUCAAAUAUUAAAUACAAAUCAAAGUCAAAUCAACAAAAUCAAGGAGGAUUUGAUAAUCGUUUACAACAACAACAAGUUGAAGAUACAAGAUUCAAGGAUUGUGAAAAACCAGAAUUUAAUUGUCCAUCUUGUCGUAAAAUGACAGUCUUUUCUGGUAUAAAGAGAAUUACUUUGGGUCCAGAAGAUGAUAGAGAAGUGAUAGAAUCUGGUACUACUUGUCAACAUUGUCAAAAACAAUUUGGUUUGGCUGUCUUGUUGAAUCAAUUGACAAUGCAAACUAGAAGUUUUAUCAAACAACAUCAAGAUUGGAAUUUGAAAUGUGUUGAAUGUAGUCAUGUUUCAAAACAUUAUUCUGAUAAAUCUUUUAAAUGUACUAGAAGUUGUAAUGGUAAAUUAAUUCAAAUUAUGAAUUGUCAAAAAUUACUGAGACAAUUAUAUUUUAUGAAAAAAGUAUUUGUUUUGGAACAUUCAAACAAGAAAAGUGACGAAGAACUAGAGAAUAGAAGAUUGGUAAAAUGUUGUGAAAUGUUGAUUGGUUCAGUGUCAUGGAGCGUGAUAUCGGAUAGAUAUAGGUCACAAGCCAUCUCUUUUAAAUCACUCCAAGAAUCAUUUUAUUCGUUAUCUCUUUGUUUUUCGUCAUUUAAAACACUCAAAGAAGCAAUUCUAGGUGGAGUGUACCAUUGUGUUGCACAUAUUCAUAACCAAAUAUCAAUUCCUUAUGCUUUAGAAGAUUAUACCUACACUGAUCAAGCAACUCUAUUAAAAUAUAUUAGUUAUACUUAUAUCACAGUAUGGAAUGCAAAGGUCGAGACUGAGCAAACUUCAUAG